AUGGCAAACGAGUUUGCUAAGAUAAUAGCGGAUCAGAACGCUUUUAUGAAAAGCCUUUUGGAUGACCAAAAAGGAUUUUUACAAACAAUACUACGGGGAGUCACUUCAAGUACUAAUGAAGCAGAUGACUCAACAUUUUUCGGCGUAUGCAGUCACCACAGAGCUCAAAAAGAAAGCGUUUUUUUAACAUGGGUUGAUGGUGAGACUUUUGAGUUAUUGAAAAAAUUAUUCGGGAAAAACGAUUUGGAGGGCAUUCCAUUUGCUGAGUUGGUGCAAAAGCUGUCGGAACAUUUCCAAGAACAAAUUCAUGUGGUAGCAGCGCGGUAUAAUUUUAAUAAGUGCUUGAUGAAGCCAACGCAAACAUACAGGGAAUGGAUAGCUGAAUUAAGAGGAAUAGCUAGAGAAUGCCAAUUUCAAUGUAUAGGUGAAAAUUGUACCAAAUCAUAUGUUGAUGAAAUGAUUAGGGACAUGUUAAUUCUGCAUACACCUCAUGACACCGUAAGAGCAGCGGCACUUCAGAAAUUAAAACCUACAUUGGAAGAUGUUUUAUUAAUUGCAGAGUCUUUUACUUCGACGACAAAUGCUACAAAUUCUAUUAAACAACAACAACUCCAAGAGAGUUUGCCGUUAGUUAAUGAAAUCACGUCACAUGCAAAAAAUAGAGCACAAAAAGAGAAAAGUAAGAAAAAAUGUUUCAGGCGCGGAGGCUCUCAUCGACGUAGCGACUGCAAAUUUAGAGAAGCUGUUUGCUUUGUCUGCAAUAAAGUUGGACAUAUAGCAAAAGUGUGCUUGAGCAACAUUAACAACAAAGCAAAUACAAGAAAAUUAAAAAUUACAGCGAAAAAGAAUGAAAAGAAUAGUGCACAAGCAAACGCAAUAGAAUGUAUUGAAAGUUCAUCGGUUUCGGUCAUAACGCAAAAGACAUUUAAUCAGUUAGGCAGGCCAAAACUUCGAAGUUGCACACGUCCAAUUUAUGGUUAUGGUAAAAAGGUGAUAGAAACCUUAGGCGAAUGUGAAAUAAAAAUAAAAUGUGGAAAACUAGAAAAAGAAGCAGUGCUGGUUGUUGCUAAAGUCGAAAGGCCGAUUUCUAAUUUUAAAGCGAGCAUCAAGUCUACGGCUGUACAAAAAUAUUUUAAAUGUCGUCAGGUGCCAUUCGCCCUACUUGAAAAAUUUAACGUGGAAGCUGAUCGACUAGUGCAAAACAGUAUUUGGAAACCUGUUAAGUUUAGCAAUUGGGCUUCUCCAAUCGUACUCGCACCAAAGCAGGACGGCAGUAUUCGUAUUUGCGGGGACUUUAAAGUAACUAUUAAUAGUCAAAUCGAAAUUGAAGGGUUUCCAUUACCAACACGGGCGCAGUUAUUUCAUAAAAUUCGCUAUGUCCGUAUUUUCUCUAAAAUUGACUUAAAGGAUGCAUACUUACAGUUGGAGUUAGACGAAGACUCAAAAAAGCUGGUUGUCGUGAACACACCAAAUGGACUUUUCGAGUAUCAAAGAUUGCCCUAUGGUAUAGCCAGUGCGCCGGCAAUAUUUCAAAGAUAUCUUGAACUAUUUCUGCAAGAAGUAUGGCAUCAAGUGCAAACGGAACAAAUGCAGUUUUUUCAAAACCACAUUGAUUACUUAGGAAGGCGUAUAAGCGCAGAAGGCAUUUUGCCAGAACCAUCAGGAUUAACAGCCAUUCAAAACUUAAAACGGCCUGAAUAUCUGAAAGAAGUGGAAGCGCUAAUGGGUAAGAUAAACCAUUAUUACAAUUACAUUCCAAUCAUGUCGCAAAUCGCUGCUCCGAUAAAUCAGCUUCGCAAGAAAAAUAUUCGUUUUAAUUGGACACACAUACAUGAAGAGGCGUUCAAGUCCUUAAAGAAGCAUAUAGUGAAUGCUACACAAUUAGUUCACUUUCAGGAGCACUUACCAAUAAUCCUCGCUACAGACGCUUCAUCAUCAGGUAUUGGUGCAGUAAUUUCGCAUAUCUUCGCAGAUGGCAGCGAACGCCCAAUAGCAUUCGCAUCAAAGACACUCAACGUUCAUCAAGUAAAGUACAGUCAAAUAGAAAAGGAGGGGCUUGCGAUUGUAUUUGGCAUUCAAAAAUUUCAUCAAUACUUGUAUGGCCGUAAGUUCACUCUAUUCACUGACCACAAACCAUUGGUGAGUAUCUUUAAUCCAGGAAAACACUUGCCAACAACGACUUCAAAUAGACUACAACGGUGGGCAAUAAUUCUAAUGGCCUAUCAGUUCGACAUAAAAUACAAACCUACAGCACAACACGGGAAUGCUGACGCCCUUUCAAGACUACCAGAAGGCCCAGAUAACAACUUUGAUCAAGAGGACAAUUGUUUUGCAGUCGAAGAGCUGGAUACCCCAAUUGAUGCAGAGGUUAUCCGAUUUCAUACAAAGAGGGAUGAAACUCUCAUGAAAGUUCACCGGUUCAUACAACAAGGGUGGCCUAUAUCCGUAGGACCACAACAGGCAGAUAUAUUACCAUAUUUCCAACGUAAUACUGCUUUAGUUAUUAUUGAUAACAUUAUUUGCUUACAGGGCUAUUCAAAUCGGGCUAUAAUUCCAAAAAAACUACGCCAACGCGUCCUUAAACUGUUGCAUGAAAGCCACUGGGGCAUAGUUCGAAUGAAACAAUUAGCUCGAAGAUACUGCUGGUGGCCGGGCAUCGACAAAAACAUCGAGACACUCGCAUCGUCAUGCAACAUAUGUAAAAGAACGUCAGCCAGUCCACCAAAGGAAUUUAGCUCGUGGCCCGAAGCUAUACGUCCGUGGCAACGUGUCCACAUUGACUUCGCCGGACCGGUAUUCAAUCAGCAUAUGUGGCUCGUAUGUGUCGACGCAUUUUCACAGUAUCCGUACAUUGUCCAAUUGUCAAAUACAACCUCUACUGAUACAGUAAAGGCAUUAACAUCAAUUUUUGCCAUAGAGGGUUUGCCGGAAACGUUAGUAAGUGACAACGGUCCACAACUUACAUCCUCACAGUUUAAGGAAUUUUGCUUGAAAAAUGGCAUUCAGCAUGUCACGACAGCGCCAUUUCGCCCGGCUUCAAACGGCUUAGCAGAGCGUUUCGUGCGUACUUUUAAGACAUCUGUUAGCGGUCCUAAAUGGGUCGAAGGAAUAAUUGAGAAAUCUUUGGGAAACAGGGUCUACUUAGUUAAGAUACCGACUGGUCAAUGUAAGCGUCAUCAAAAUCAACUUCAAGCGCGUCAGUUAACACCGCCGCAACCAACUGCCUAUGAACCAUCAAAACAACAUCAGCAGUCAACCAUCGAUGAACCAUUAGAACAACAGCAGCAGUCAACCAUCAAGGAACCGUUACAACAAGAAACAACGAGUUAUGCCGAUUUCAAUCAGAAGAUUUCAGAAACUUAA